GGUGACACCUACUCUUUUUUAAUCCAAGGGAAGAGAACGUUGAAGUUGUAUUGGCAAGGCUGAAGGUGAGAAACAGGAUGUAUUUGGCUAAUCUAAUGGGGAAAACCCCAAUUCUCGCCCGGACUCCCUCUUUGUCUCUCUCUCCCGCCCCUGAGUAUUUCUUCAGCUCUGUCUCCCAUUCCUCUUCUUUUAUUUUCUGAAGAACAAGAAGAAACCUGUGGUAGUGUUCUGAAUCUAUUUUGAGGCUAAACCCAGAUUGUCAGUGGACUUGCACAUUCAAUCUUUUCGUGAUAAGGUUGCUAGAUUAAAAGAGUAGAUACAUCCGGGCAUACAAUUUGAGUUUGCUUCAAAUAGAAUGGCUGAGAAAAAGUCAUCCAUUGGCCUUGUAUGGGAGCCAAAAGUACCUCUCCCAUCAGUGACAAAAACUGGGCCUGAGGUAUCACAGAAAUUACCCGAAAAUGUGGUAUGGAAGCCUGAAAAUGAGCUUGUUGAUGGACUCUUUGUUCCACCCAAUGACCCUAGGAAGAUGAACAAGUUUCUGCGGAAAAAAGUUAAAGAUACUGCUGGUAAAAGCUGGUUUGAAAUGUCUGCCCCAACCAUCACUCCGGAGUUAAAGAAAGAUCUCCAAAUGCUAAUGUUGCGUAAUGUAAUUGAUCCAAAGAGGCAUUACAAAAAGGGUGGUACAAAGUCAAAGACACUUCCCAAGUAUUUUCAGGUUGGUACAGUGAUCGUGUCUUCAUCAGAUUUUUUCUCUGGUAGGCUCACUAAGAAGGAGAGGAAAGCAACUCUUGCAGAUGAGCUACUUUCCGAUCAGUCCCUUGGGGAGUACAGGAAACGGAAGGUUCAAGAGAUUCAGGAGCAGAACAGGUCAGUUGGGAACCAGAAAUGGAAGAUCAAGAGUAAGCAUUCCUGGAAGCGUGCUAAGGAAAGAAGGCAUGUUUGAACCGAUAAUAUUGUCAUUGCACAGGAAAUGUUUCACUACCUCAAGAGAAAAAAGGCUAAGUUGGGAUUUGUCGUUGGACAUGGCCAAAGCAUAUGACAAGGUCGAAUGGGGUUUUUCUUGUUGCCAUUUUCCAAUUCCUGGGCUUUGAAGAAACUUGGACCAAUCUUGUACACAAUUUGAUCAGCACUAAAUCCUUCUCCAUUAAAUUAAAUGGUUCCGCCUUCAAUUUCUUCAAGGCCUCCAGGGGGAUCCGUCAAGGAUGUCCUUUAAUCCA